AUGAGCAGGGACGAGGACGUGCACGACAAAGUGCCGUCGUACCAUGCGCCGCCGUUUGAGUCGCCCAUUAGUGGCGCUACUAUACAUGAGCUGCGGUGUUUGGAUACCAAGAUCCAGCUUGGCUACCAUCUCGUGCCGCAUAUUGUACAGACCCUGCUGAGCGAGCUGCCGUCGAGCGCCUAUGUGCUGGUGACUGACACUCACUUGGCUCAGCUGGGGGCGGUUGACAAGUUCCGGGAUGCCUUCCAGCAGUCGAAAGGGGCGCACCAGCGCUUUUUGACGUACGAAAUAGCGCCUGGUGAAGAGAGCAAGAGUCGCGAGACCAAGGCGGCUAUGGAAGACUGGAUGCUGGAGCAUCGCUUGACGCGCGAUACCGUGGUGCUUGCCUGUGGUGGCGGCGUGAUUGGCGACUUGGUGGGAUUUGUUGCUGCGACGUUCAUGCGUGGACUCAAGUACGUGCAGAUUCCGACGACGCUGCUGGCGAUGGUAGACUCGUCAGUCGGUGGCAAAACGGCGAUUGACCAUCCGCACGGCAAGAACUUGAUUGGCGCGUUUCACCAGCCGCACUAUGUAUUUAUCGAUGCUGCAUGGCUCUUGACGCUGCCCGCGCGCGAAUUCAGCAAUGGUAUGGCCGAAAUCAUCAAGACGGCCGCCAUAUGGGACGUGCAGGACUUUGAAAAGCUCGAGUCCCAGUCUGAUGCGAUUCGCGCUGCGGUCAUGAGCGAGGCGGCUCGAGCGCAUGGAACGUCGCAGGGCCAUACGCUAGAGACGCGCACGACGUCACAGACGCUGCUCCUGGAUGUCAUCCGCGGCAGUGUGGGUGUCAAGGCAUGGAUCGUGACGGUCGAUGAGAAGGAAACGGGACUACGUAACCUCGUCAACUUUGGCCACUCGAUCGGCCACGCUAUUGAGGCUGUGCUGACCCCUGAUAUGUUGCAUGGGGAGUGCAUCGCGAUCGGCAUGGUCCUCGAAGCCGAAAUCGCCCGGCUUGUGUGCGGCCUGCCGCAAGUCGCAAUUGGCCGUCUCACGCGCUGCCUGCAGCUGUACGAUCUGCCUGUGUCGCUGGCUGAUCCUCGCAUCGUGGCGCUGUCCAAGGCACGUGAGCUGACGACCGCUCGGCUCCUGGACAUUAUGCGCGUCGACAAGAAAAAUGCCGGUGCGCAGAAAAAGGUGGUGCUCUUGUCCCGCUUAGGCGCCACGGCCGAGGAGAGGGCCAGUGCCGUGCCCGACUCCCUCCUGGAGCAUGUGCUGGCGCCGGCCAUGCUUGUGCGCGAGUCCACGCACAUGCCGAGGGAGCCCGCCACGAUCCCGACGCCCGGCUCCAAGAGCAUCUCCAACCGCGCAUUGGUGCUGGCGGCUCUGAGUGGCGGAACGUGCCGCGUUCGCAACCUGCUCCAUUCUGACGAUACCCGCGUCAUGAUGCAGGCGCUUGUCCAGCUGGGUGUUGCUGACUUUGCGUGGGAAGACAACGGCCACACGCUCGUGGUGCAUGGCCACGGCGGACAAGUGCAGGCGAGUGAGGCGCCUGUGUACCUGCAAAACGCCGGCACAGCUGCGCGUUUCAUGACGGGCGUGGCGUCCCUCGUGCGUCAGGGCAGCAUUUCUCUCACGGGCAAUGCGCGCAUGCACGAGCGUCCGAUCGGUCCGCUGGUCGAUGCUCUCCAAAGCAAUGGCGUCCACAUCGACUACCAGGGCAAACCGGCAUGCCUCCCGCUUCGCGUCGAGGGCACCGGCAUGGGCCUGCGAGGCGGUCGUAUCGAGCUCGCUGCCAAUGUAUCGUCGCAGUACGUGUCCUCGAUCCUGCUCUGCGCACCGUACGCCCAGGCCCCGGUGGAACUGGCUCUUGUGGGCGGCAAAGUCAUUUCGCAGCCGUAUAUCGACAUGACCGUCGCCAUCAUGCGUGCGUUUGGCGUGCACGUCGAGCGCGUGGGCGAGUAUGUGUAUCGCAUCCCGCAGCAGACGUACACGGCGCCACCCACAUACGAGGUCGAGAGUGAUGCGAGCAGUGCGACGUAUCCGCUGGCCUUUGCCGCGCUCACAGGCACGACCGUGACGGUUCCGCACCUAGGCCGCACGAGCUUACAGGGCGAUGCGGCCUUUGCUUGCCAGGUGCUCGCUCCGAUGGGCUGUGCGGUCGAGCAGACCGAUACCACUACCACCGUCACAGGUCCGCCCGUCGGCCAACUUCGGGCGCUGGGCUCGGUGGAUAUGGAGUCCAUGACGGAUGCCUUUAUCACGGCGUCGAUGCUGUUCGCGGUCGCGCCUGGCCCGACUCGUAUUACAGGUAUCGCGAAUCAGCGCGUCAAAGAGUGUGAUCGUCUGCGGGCUGUGGUGACGGAGCUCGGCAAGUUGGGCGUUCGUGCAUCGGAGCAUGAGGACGGCAUCGACAUUGUGGGCGCGCCGAUCUCGCAGCUCACCUCGAAUGCCGAGUUGUCGUCGUACGACGAUCAUCGCAUCGCCAUGUCGUUUAGUCUGCUGGCAUGUGUGGUGCCUGGCAGCACGACGAUUCUCGAAAAGCGGUGCGUCGAAAAGACAUGGCCCGCCUGGUGGGACGUGCUGCAUGGGCCGCUGCAUGCCUCGGUGUCUGGCGCGCACUUGCACGAGGCCCUUGUUCACGCACGCACCAAGCGCACGGGCGCCUGGCCGACGCCCUCGGCGUAUGCCUCGGACGCGACGAUCGUGCUGAUCGGCAUGCGGGCGUCGGGCAAGUCGCAUGUGGGGCAGCGUCUCGCGGGCCUUUUGCACCGCACGUUCUUGGAUGCCGACGAGGUCUUUGCGCAGCUGCAUGGUGAUCUUGGUGCGUAUGUCCAGUCGUUCGGCUGGGAUGCGUUCCGUGAAGCUGAGGCGCAGAUCCUUGCAUCGCUGAUUUCGCAGCAUCCCACAGGGCAUGUCCUGGCCCUGGGCGGCGGUGUCGUCGAGUAUGCGCCGAGUCGCGCUCUUCUGGAGCAUGUGCGGGAGCAGGUCGGGCCGGUCGUGCACAUUGUGCGCAGCUAUGAGGCCAUCAGUGCCUUCCUUGCGACGAGUGAUCGCCCCGCGUACGGCGAGCCUCUGAGCGAUGUAUAUGCGCGCCGCCAGCCUCUCUAUACGCGCGCGGCGUGUAUGGAGACUGUCAAUGCCAGUGAUACCACCGCCGAGGCGCUCGCUCGGCAGCUGGCUACGCCGCUCGGCCUGGGGCGGCUGCCAGCAUCGCCCUCGUUUUUCCUCUCCCUCACGAUGGCUGACAUGCACGAGGCGCGUCCGCUGAUGACGCAGAUCACGCCCGGUGUGGACGUGCUCGAGCUGCGUGUGGAUUUGCUGCGCGAGUGUACGCCUGCGUUUGUGCGGGAGCAGGUCGCAGAGCUGCGGCGCAUCACACCGCUGCCCCUUUUGUACACGGUGCGCAGCGCGUCACAGGGUGGUCGCCUGCCGGACGAGAGCGAGGAUCUGUACUUUGAGCUCUUGUACCUCGGCUUGCGCAUGGGCUGCGACUACAUCGACCUCGAGAUGCACCGUCCAGCCGCGCGUCUGGCGGCCGUGGCCGAGGCCCGCGGCCGAUCACUGAUCGUUGCAUCGCAUCACGAUACGGCAGGCGAGCUGCGGUGGACGGCGCCGGUCAUGCGCCGCAUGUACGAUCGUGGGCGCCAGCUGGGCGACAUGGUCAAACUCGUGGGCGUCGCGCGGUCGUGGCAAGACUCGAUGGAUCUCGAGACGUUCCGUGCGACGGUCGCACGGGACGCGCCGCACCCGUUGAUUGCGAUCAAUAUGCACGAGAUGGGCCGCCUCUCGCGCAUCGUGAAUCCGCUCAUGACGCCCGUCACGCAUGAGCUCAUGCCGUCGUCGGCGGCACCCGGUCAAAUGUCGGUGCGGGCGAUUCACGAGGCGCGUCACCUGCUAGGCCUCUUGCCACGCCGCCGCCUGUUCCUGUUAGGCUCGCCGAUCGCCCAGUCGCAAAGCCCGUUGAUCCACAAUACGGGCUUCCAGGUGCUGGGCUUGCCGCACGUGUAUGAGCGCUUCGAGACGAGCACGGUCGAUGAGCGACUCGUGCAGCUCCUUCAUGCGCCCGACUUUGGCGGAGCGAGUGUCACGAUACCACUCAAGCUGUCCAUUAUGCAGCUACUGGACUCCAUUUCUCCUGAAGCGCAAGUGAUUGGUGCGGUGAACACGAUCGUGCCGCGACGUGACAGUGACACGGGCCGAGUGGCGCUGCACGGCGAAAACACCGACUGGCACGCGAUCUACGACCGGGCUCGGGCCGCCCAUGUGCGAUCGGACGGACUUGUGGCACUCGUCAUUGGUGCUGGUGGGUCUGCGCGCGCUGCUCUGUACGCCAUGCACCGCCUCGGCGCUUCGUGCAUCCUGCUGUACAACCGCACGUACGACAAGGCCGUGGCGCUCGCCGAGCAAGUGCCGGUGGAGUGGCAUGUGGAGGCAAUUCCGUCGUUGGCGUCGGUGGGCGCGAGGGCCGACCACGCGCAGCUGCGUGUCGUGGUGAGCAAUGUGCCGGCGGCCGCCACGUCGCUAUCGCCUGAGCAAGGGGCGGACAUUGUGCUUCCCAAGGAGUUGCUGCCUGCCCAGAGUGGCGUCGCGAUCGAUAUGGCGUACGGCGUGGAGCACACGCCUCUGCUGGUGCUGGCGCAGAUGCAUGGAUGGCAUACGGUGCGUGGCAUCGACAUUCUGCUUUCACAGGCGUAUCGCCAAUUCCGGCUGUGGACGCAACUGCCGCCGCCCUGCGCCGCGAUCGAGCACGAGGUCCUGCCGGCCUACGCUGCCUCGCUUCCUUAG